AGAACGUUGUGCUGUGCAAGGAAAAUUUGAAAAGGAAAAAAAUCUUCUACCAUCGCAGUUUGUCUUUUGUACCAAAGCCUUCAAAGCAUCUAUCCAUCCAUAGUGACUUUUUACACGCACUCGUGAGCUGACAACGUUGUAAAAUGGCAAACUUGAGACCUCUUGUGCCGGAGCUAGAAGAAAAAGCUCGUAAUGAGCUGAACGAAGUGCCGAACCGUAUUGCGGAUGAUCUUGCAGCGUUAAAGGCUUGGUUGCUUAAACAACCGCAUCUCAACCCACGCACGGACGAUCAGUUUUUGGUUAAUUUUUUGCGCGGAUGCAAGUACAGCUUGGAAAAGACGAAGGAAAAACUGGACAACUACUAUACAGUGAAGACGGCCAUACCAGAGUUCUUCGACAACCGCAAUCCAGACAACGAAACGUUACAGCAAUACAUGUCAUUUGGCGUUAAUCUUCCUCUUCCUCACACGUUCGAGAUCGACGGUCCACGGUUUAUGCUGGUUCGCAUGGGAGCAUAUGACGCUUCUAAGUACUCGAUCGUGGAUGUGAUGAAAGUGUGUUACAUGAUCACCGAUCUGCUGCUGGUCAACGAUGACACCUCGAUUAUCGCCGGUCAUAUGGUGCUGGUCGAUCUAAGAGGCCUCACCUUUGCCUGCCUAUCUCAAUUCAGUCCUACAUUCAUCAAAAAAAUGACGUCCGUCAUUGAGGCCUUUCCGAUCCGCACGAAAGGCAUUCACUUCAUAAACCCGUCGUCCGGAUUUGAUGCUCUCUUCAAGCUUUUCCAUGGAUUUUUGAGCAAGAAAAUUCAGGAGCGCAUACAGGUGCAUGAUUCGUUUGAGGCGUUGCACAAUGUCAUCCCUAAGAAGUACCUGCCGGAGGAGUACGGUGGUAGCGGUGGCCAGCUCAAUGAUAUAAUUGCCGACUGGCGAAAGCAUCUAAUUGCGAAUCGGGACUUUUUUGACGGAGAUGCCAAGUAUCGCAAUGACGAACGGAAACGACUAGGAAAGCCGAAAAAUGCCAGCACUCUGUUUGGAGUAGAAGGAUCUUUCCGAUCGUUAGAAUUCGAUUAGAAUGUUGCAGAUCUUGUUCGUGUCACAAACGGUUGAGCAUUUCUUCAAUAACACACAUGCACUGCAAUAAGGAAUUGCAAUUGCGUAAAUAAAUCAUAAAA